AUGGCAGAGGCUGAGGCUGCGACGGCCUUUUUGAUGUCCAUGCUCGGCACUCCACCGACGGGCGCAUCGCCCAACAGCUCCAAGGCCUCAACGCCUACUGGUGGUGCGGGUGAAGCCGGUGGCGCGGGAGCGGCGACUGGCAAUGGUGCUGGCUCGAUGGCCAGCGCUAGCUCGGCUGCAUCGUCCCCGAGUGUGGCGGACGCGGCGUCGGCGUCGCUGAUGGCGAUUCUGGGCGUGGCACCAGCGCCGAGCCCGACCGGAUCGACCGGCUCGGCAGCGAGCGCGAUGGCGGCCUCGGGAGCAGGGGCAACUGCGGGGCCAGCAGGCGCUUCAGCAGGCGCGGCGGCGGCAGUUGCGCCGACCAAGAUGGUGCUGCCGGCGCCGGCGCCAGCGGCGGCACUGGCGGCCAGCCAGGACGACGAGGAUCUCUCGCAGUUUUUCCCCAAUCUUGGCGGCAACAAGCCGCAGGCGGACGCAAGCGCGAGUGCGAGCGCAGGUGCGAGCGCGGGAUCAAGUGCAGGCGCAGGCGAGCUGGACGCGAUUAUCAAGUCGAAUCUGGCGCGAGGGCCGGUGGCUGCGGCGCAGCAGGGAAACAAAGCGUUGCCGUCGACGCCCGAGGCUGUCAAGAGCAGCGAGGCCGAGAGUGCGGCGUCUGACGACGGCGGGUCGUCGAACGGCGGUCUGAUGUCGCCGGUGGCGGUGUCUGUGCAGAGCGGCGGGGCGCCGGUGACCGAGGGCACGGUUCUCUCGGCCGGAUGCAACGUGCUCAACUUUGGGCUCGAGGCCGAGAACCCCGGGGUGGUGCGGCUUGUCGAGUCGCCCAUUUCGAUCUGCGCGUCGCAGCGGCGGUCGAGCCACGGGCAGGUCAUUGCGGUGACGAGCGAGUUUGUGGCGUACGCGGUGGACAAGAACACGGUUCGGGCGGUCCACCGUGAGUCUGGUGAGCGUGUCAUGCUCCGCGGGCACGCGCGAGUCCACCACAUGUUCUUCCUCCCGGCGACCGGCGAGGUGUCGACGCUGGUGACGGUUGGCGCGCGGGGCCUGCUCAUGGUCCACUCACUGGCGUUCAACGAGGAGAGCGACGAGGUCGAGUCGAGCGUGGUGUACAAGUGGUCACAUCCGUCGGGCGGCGACAUCUCGUGCGGUCUCGGCUUUGCGCCUGCGCCCGAGACGGCGGUUCUGGGCGUGUGCUCGGGCUCGCAGCUCAUUGUCUCGUCGCUCAUGUACGCGGGGGCCAACGGCUACUCUGCGCCGUCGUUCGAGUCGGGCCAGGUGACGCUCAAUCACGGGCCGGGCGUGGGCGUCCUCGACGCUGCGUACCAGUCGUCGAUCAAGGCGCUGGCGACGGCCGGGACGGAUGGUGUGGUCCGGCUGUGGCGGCUAGAUACGGCGGAGAUCAUGCGGACGCUGCCGGCGCGCGGCGACGGGCGGUCGCUCACCUCGCUGUUCUGGCUCUCGGACAAGGACCUUGCCAUUGAGUACGACCACGGCGGGCUCAUCCAGCUUGUGCGGGCGCGCAACUCACAGAUCGGGAUUUCGCAGGAGAUCGAGCUCGCCAAUGCCGAGCUCGACGUUGCCGACGCCGGCCUCUCGGUGGUGCCGGCGCCCGAGGACGGGCGGGUCUUUGUGACCUCGGCUGAGCUCCCUGUUGUCGGCGUCUUUGAGUUUAACGAGGCUACCGGUCUCCUCGGGUGGUACGCCGAGUACGGCGUCGGCCAGCCUAUUUUCUCGGUCUCGCUCGCGCCGGGCAGCGGGCCGGGCGCCAAGACUCGCGACUUGUACUGCGUCCAGCCGUCUGCGGUCCAGCGGGCACGUGUUCAGCUCGGCACGCCGGCGCUCACCCGCAAAGCUGCGGUGCCUGUGGUGGCACCCGCGGCUGUGCCCGCGGCUGUGCCCGCAGCUGUGCCUGCAGCUGUGCCUGCGGCGAGCGUUGGCGCGCCGGCGGUGCUUGGAGCCGGUGCCGAGGCGCGGCUGCAGGCGUCGUUGGAGGCGGCGAUGGAGGCGUUUGCGGCAAAGCAGGCUGCCAUGCUGCAGCGGAUGCAGACCGAGGCGCUUGCAGCGCAGGCGUCGAUGAUGGAGGCGGCGCUCCAGCGGGCAAUGGAGGCGUCGAUGGCGGCGACCCAGCAGAUGCUGGUGCCGACGGUGACGCAGGUGGUGCGGGCGGAGCUGCCUGGUGCGCUCGCGCCGCUCCUUGGCGCGCUGGAGGCCAAGGUGGUGCAGCCGGCGGUUGCCGAUCUGGCGCACAAGCUUGGCACCAGCCUUCCGCAGGCGGUUGAGAGCUACACUCAGAAGUUGCUCGCCAACUGGUCGGGCACCUUUGCGCAGCAGGUCUCGGGCGCGCUGCACCAGCCCGUGGCCGCCGCCUUUAAGAACACCUUUGAGCACGGCUUGGUCCCGGCCUUUGAGCAGGGCUGUCAGCGCAUGUUCUUCCAGAUCAACGACACGUUCCAAGCCGGCGUCAAGGCGGCGCUGACAGGGCCGGUGGAGGAGACCCGUGCAGCGCAGUCGGCGGCUCUCGAUCGGCUCGUCACGGCUUCCGACUCGCUGCUUGCGUCGUCGCGCUCGAUCGAGGCCGCAUCCGCGCGGCUCUCGGCAGACUCGGCCAAACUCUCGGCGGCUGCACGCAACUCGGGUGGGGCGGCGACGGGAAAGUCCUCAUCGGGUAAGAACAACGGCGGGCGCCGCAAGGGCGGCCGGAAGGAGAUGUCCGAGGCAGCAGCGGCAGCGCCCGCGCCCGUGUCCGCGCUCGUGCCUGUCGGCGGCGACGUCAACGCGGCGUUCACGGCUGCGCUCUCGGCGUCGAACCUCGACGUGGUCAUGGGACUGUGCUCUCUGGUCGAGGUUUCAUCGGUCUUCCCGGCCAAGGGCAAGACGGUGCUGGACCAGCCGGUCCUCCUCUCCCUCAUCCAGCAGCUUGCGUUUGACCUCAGCGCGAGUGAGGCGCUCAAGCUCACUCUCCUCUCGAUGGCUGUUCAGGCUCUCGAUGCUACCCACGAGCUCACCGGCCCCUACAUCCGGUCUAUCCUCCUCCAGGUCAAGACCAACCUCGAGACCCGCAUCCCGAUCUCUACCGCGCCCUCGGAUGCCAUGCUUCUUCUUCGGCUCAUCACGUUUACACUCGCGAGUGCGCCGUAG